CAAUGACUCAUAUAAACUUACUGUCAGUAAAGAUCAAGAUAUAACAAUAACAGCUGUCUCCAAUGCAGGCAUAUUCUAUGGUAUUCAGACUUUAUUAAGCCUUCUACAAGACAAUAAGAUACCCGAGUGUGAUAUUGAAGACUGCCCGCGAUACCUGUAUAGAGGAAUGCAUAUGGAUGUGUCGCGGAAUUUUCACACUAAGGAACAGAUUAUGAAACUGCUUGACGUCAUGGCGAUGUACAAGAUGAACAAAUUUCAUUUUCAUCUGACAGACGACGAGGGAUGGAGAUUAGAGAUUCCUGGACUGGAGGAGUUGACCCAGGUUGGAGCCCGGCGUGGACAUGUGAACACAACAGAUUUAUCAUCAUUACUACCACUCCUCGGGUCUGGACCUGGGUUCGAUACCUCCGGUUCUGGAUAUUACUCCGUGGAAGAAUAUCGCGAAAUACUGCGCUACGCAAAACAACGACACAUAGAGGUAAUUCCUGAAAUCGACAUGCCUGGACACAGUCAUGCUGCCAUCAGGUCAAUGAAAGCCAGGCACCAGAAGUAUAUGGCAGUAAAAGACAAGCAAAAAGCUAAUGAAUAUUUAUUAUCUGACUUAGAUCACGAUAUAUCAUCAGGCUCGCACUCUGUUCAAAUGUAUUCCGAAAACGCUAUGAACCCUGGGAUGGAGUCAACAUACAAAUUUGUGAAUAAGAUUGUUAUUGAAGUCAAGGAGAUGCAUAAAGAUAUAAUGCCUUUACGCGUGUUUCACUUUGGUGGAGAUGAGGUGCCGUAUGAGGCGUGGGAGGGAUCGCCAGCAUGCAUGAGUCUGAUCGAUGCAGAUGAAGUUAAGUCGUCCGAAGAUUUGAUGGAAUAUUUUGUUUCACGAGUGGCAGAUAUUGUAGCUAAGAAUGACUUAGACGUUGGCGCUUGGCAAGAUGGUAUCAUACCUGACGAGUCAGACUUAAAACCUAUAGCCAGACACAAAUUCAAGAGUAAGAAUGUGUAUGUAUAUGCAUGGCAGAAUGUGUGGGAGUCGGGCCUGUCUGGAUGUGCCUAUAGGCUAGCCAACAGUGGAUACAAGGUUGUGAUGUCACAGGGAACCCAUCUUUAUUUUGACCACCCAUAUGAACCCGACCCGGAAGAGAGAGGAUUAUACUGGGCCUGUAGGUUCUGUGAUUCUCGAAAGACUUUUACAUUCAUGCCAGACAAUAUCUACGCCAACGCAGAUGUGAAGCUUACAGGAGAAAAAUUGUCGAAAGAUUAUAUCAAACGACAUAAGGAGGAUCAUGAUGAUUUAAAGAAACCAGAGAAUGUUAUAGGUAUUCAAGCUCAAUUAUGGACUGAGCUAGUGCGUACAUGGGACCAAAUGGAUUCAAUGAUAUUUCCACGCCUUCUGUGUGUGGCUGAGAGGGCUUGGCAUAAAGCUGACUGGGAGCUGGAACCUGACAAGGAAAAGAUGACUGAUCAACAGUUCAAGGAUUGGUCAUACUUUGCUAGCCAGUUAGGUUGUAAGGAGCUGGCAAGGUUGGACACAAUGGGCGUGGCAUACCAUCUCCCACCCCCAGGAGCUCACUGCUUGUAUGACAUUCAGGCAGCAGAGAAUAAACUAGAGUUUAACAGUGCCUACCCUGGUCUACCUAUAUUCUACAGUACAGAUAAAGGAAACACUUGGACUCGAUACACGGACAAGAUUGAUACUAUACCAAAUAUAGACAUCUACCUCUGUACCAAAUCUGUAGAUGAGAAGAGAACUAGUCGUGUUGUUAUCAUGAAGAAACCAGAAAAAGUCAAGUAAAAUCAGCCAGAAAAAAUUGUCUUGAAAUUAUAUCUUGUACAUUAUAAUUUUACUUUGGUUGAUUAACAUAUUUAAAUGCAUGUAUAACAUCCAUAAACUUAUGAAUAUUUAGCAUUUAUUUUAUAAAUUUUCUGUAUAUUUUAUGAAAUUCUGCAUACUUAAAAGUCUUUAUGAGUAUUCUGCAUAUUAUGCCUAUGUAUGUCAAAUGUGGGGUCAGGGGUGACAAAAAACCUUGUCAAUUAACUGAUUGAAUUAUAAACAUCAGAUAUGAAAGUUGAUAAAGUUGAUGGUGUAUGAUAUACUAUAAUACAUGUAAUAGGUGACAUAAUACCUUAAUUUCAAUGAAAUUAUUCUAGUUAAAUCCUGUAUAAAAUAUAUUUGUAAUUUAAAUGAUAUUGUUGUAACACAAGAAUGCAUCAAGAAAAUAAUCUCUUUGGUUAGAAAGUUGAACUAUUUUAUUUUGUAUGAUUCAAGUUAAUAAUGUAGAUGUAUCAUUCUUAUGAUUGUAAACUAGAAAUUAAAGGAGUAUAUUAUUCCAUAUCGGGCACAGCAGAUCUAUUUUAUGAAAAUGCAGGUAACACAUAUUCCAGAGGGUGUUGACAUUUUACUGAUUUUCCAUGGAGGUGAAGGGUGUGGGGGGGAUUGGGGUAAUGAAUCUAAAUUUUCCCAAUAUACACCUUUUUUUCACUAAAAAAUGUAAAUUGAUAUCCAAAUUACAGAGGGGUUCAACAUACUAGCUAAAUCCCAGCAGUGGGGUCAUGACUUCUCUCCCCACUCUCCCGAUCCUCUAUAUCUGUGUAUGCAUAUUCUAUUAUUUAGAAUGUUAUUUACAUUACAAAGGCAUUAUUUUAUCUCAUAUUGAGAAUCCCAGUAUUUAGACAAGAAAUGGAUCAAAGCAAGAAAUGUUUGAGGAACCUUUGUGAACUUGAUCUCUUCUUAUAAAAUUAAACACAGCGCAUGAGCCUUUGAGCUGAAGAAAUGUUUGUUUCCAGUGUUUCAUCAAAGUCUGAUAUUUUUGAUUGUUUAAAAAAAGUUAUCAAUAAGUAGAGAGGAACAGUCUUUUUGUCCUUUAUGCAGACACCAGACAAAUGUCUUUUGACAAGUAUUCUGCUAGGCCCAUUAGGUCAGAAUGUUAUGUCCAAUGAAUGUAGGACAUAAUUGGCUUGUCAGUUUGGUUAAGGACAAGGAGUGUAUCAUUUAUUGUCCUUAUGUCAUUUUUCUUCUGUCACUGUUUCAUAAAAUGUAUGUGUGAGAAAGUUAGUAAUUACUUCCAACAAAAUUGAAACAGGUCAACUUUGGUGCCAAAUCAUGUGUGUAAUAUAUGUUUAAUGAGGGUCCAUCUGCCUUUUCAGGCAUGGCGAGGUGCCAAAUUUAGGAACACUUGUCACAGUGUAUUGAAAAUCUGCCUAACAAUACCAUUACAGACAAGCAAAUGAUUUUUGUUAAUGAUUGAUUUUAUUACAAUAUGAUUAGGGUGGUAGUUAAAGGUUAAUAAUUAUUAAACUGUGCCAGAAUUAUAUUCCAUUUUGUACUUAUUAUCCCCCGCCGAUGGAAUCGGGAGGGGGAUAUAGUUUUGGCAUUGUCCGUCCGUCCGUCCAUCCGUCCGUCCGAAUUUCGUUUCCGGAGUAGUUCUCUGCAACUACUGGCUAGAAUUCAACGAAACUUUAUGGGAAUGGUCAAUAUCAAGAGGAGAUGCGCAUAUAGUCGGCUUGUUCCGGUCCGACCCUUUAACUCAGAGUUAUGGCCCUUGAUUAGUUAUGUAGUAUGUAUAUAGAGUAAAAAUCGUUUCCGGAGUAGUUCUCUGCAACUACUGGCUGGAAUUCAACGAAACUUUAUGGGAAUCAUCAAUAUCAAGAGGAGAUGCGCAUAUCGUCGGCUUGUUCCGGUCCGACCCUUUAACUCAGAGUUAUGGCCCUUGAUUAGUUAUGUAGUAUGUAUAUAGAGUAAAAAUCGUUUCCGGAGUAGUUCUCUGCAACUACUGGCUGGAAUUCAACGAAACUUUAUGGGAAUCAUCAAUACCAAGAGGAGAUGCGCAUAUCGUCGGCUUGUUCCGGUCAGACACUUUAACUCAGAGUUAUGGCCCUUGAUUAGUUAUGCAGUAUGCAUAUGGAUUAAAAAUCGUUUCCGCGCUACUUCUCUGCAACUACUGGCUGGAAUUCAACGAAACUUUAUGGGAACCUUCAAUACCAAGAGGAGAUGCGCAUAUCGUCGGCUUGUCCCGGUCAGACACUUUAACUCAGAGUUAUGGCCCUUGAUUAGUUAUGCAAUAUGCAUAUAGAGUAAAAAUCGUUUCCGGAGUAGUUCUCUGCAACUACUGGCUGGAAUUCAACGAAACUUUAUGGGAAUCAUCAAUAUCAAGAGGAGAUGCGCAUAUCGUCGGCUUGUUCCGGUCAGACCCUUUAACUCAGAGUUAUGGCCCUUGAUUAGUUAUGUAGUAUGCAUAUAGAGUAAAAAUCGUUUCCGCGCUACUUCUCUGCAACUACUGGCUGGAAUUCAACGAAACUUUAUGGGAACCUUCAAUACCAAGAGGAGAUGCGCAUAUCGUCGGCUUGUUCCGGUCAGACACUUUAACUCAGAGUUAUGGCCCUUGAUUAGUUAUGUAGUAUGCAUAUAGAGUAAAAAUCGUUUUCGCGCUACUUCUCUGCAACUACUGGCUGGAAUUCAACGAAACUUUAUGGGAACCUUCAAUACCAAGAGGAGAUGCGCAUAUCGUCGGCUUGUUCCAGCCAGACACUUUAACUUGGAGUUAUGGCCCUUGGAUAGUUAUGCAGUAUCCAUAUAGAAAAAUAUUUGUUUCCUCGCUACUUCUCUGCUUCUACUGGCUUGAAUUCAAUGAAACUUUAUGGGAUACUAAGAGGAGAUGUGCAUAUAGUCGCCUUGUUCCCGGUCAGAUACUUAUAACUCAGAUUUAUGGCCCUUGAUUAGUUAUGUAGUAUGCAUACAUCUCAUUGGCAUUUCCAGAUUUUACUAUUUAACACAAAAUUAUGGCUCUGUUAUUGCCC